GUCUACAGGCUAAAUCAAAUGAGACAUUACGUCAUGGGGACUUUCCCGAAAAUCUCCAUACAAUCCCAGUUUCAACUCGGGGUUAAUAACUUGACUGCAAAAGUAACAAAGUGCAGUUAAAAAAACAUGUAAAUAUUGCAAACGUCAGCAUAACUUUUUCCCACACUGAAUUGUUUUUGUUUGUUUGUUUGCACUUUAUUUACUUUAUUGUUUUCGUGGCGGAUUGUAUUUUGCAACUGCAGUACUUAAACCCGUGGCACUAUCGACUCCUUAUCAGUCUGAUAUUGAGUGUUCAUCAUACGCAGUUCUUGUGCGAAGAUUGACCAUAAACGCCUUCAACAUGCUGAAAAUGGACGUGAUCCGACUUAUAGUGUUUGUCUGCUGCAUGAUGCUUCUCCAAACAGGACGAGCUAAUUCAAGUGGGUGCUCGGAUGUAAACUUCGUCCAGAGAUCCACUUGGGGAGCCUCAUCUCCACGGAGUACGACAAGCUUGGCCGGGAACCUGGACUACUACAUUAUCCACCACACUGCUGACGGAGGGUCAUGUUCAACGCAAAAUGCAUGUUCAAGAAGGGUCCGAGGUAUCCAAAACCACCACAAGAAUAAUGAACGUUGGAAUGACAUUGGAUACAACUUUCUGAUCGGUGGUGAUAACAGAGUUUACGUAGGGCGUGGUUGGAACAACCAAGGAGCACAUGCUCCAUCAUACAACAGUAGGUCCAUCGGCAUCUCUAUGAUCGGGAACUACGUGAGCGCACAGCCGAGUUCUGGUAUGAUGACUGCCUUGGAAAACCUGAGGCAGUGUGGGGUCGAUUUGGGAAAGGUGAAGAGCGGUUACCAUGCGUGUGGACAUAGUGAUUUCUCGAGUACUCUCUGCCCAGGUAGUGCUCUCCGCAGUUUGGUCAACGGUUGGGGUCGCUGCGACCGCUAGACCCACGUCCAGUCAAUAUGGGAAAAUUUCAGUGCGCCAUGGGAUUUUCUCUAAAGUCAUAUGACACUAUUGGUUAUUACUCAAAACGCAUAAAAGCUUACUUGGUAAUGAGCAAUGGGGAGCUGUUGAUAGUACAA